ACCUUGGCAACUUUAAGAUGUGUGGACUUCCACUAUGGAUUUUCAGGCAUUUUUUAACCCCUUCCGCACUGGAGUGGGUGUAGCGUACUUGUGCUUCCAAAGGUGUGACAGAUACCUACUCACUCAUUUUGGGCUUCUGUGUCCAGACCCUCCUGUUCCUCUGUACCAGUGGCUUCUCCCCAACUUGAUCUUCUGGUUGAUCAAUAUACUGAUCGUUUUUGCUGCCUUCGUCCGGCUAUUCAUUUACGGCGAGCCCAUCACGCGACCCCACUCGGAGUCUUCGAUCCUCUUCUGGCGGCACCGCAAACAGGCUGACCUCGACUUGGCUCGGGGGGACUUUGCACAGGCCUCCCAGAACUUGUGGACGGCCCUCAAAGCCCUUGGACGUCCCCUCCCGACUUCCAACCUGGACCUCACCUGCAGUCUCUUGUGGAACUUGAUCCGGCACAUCCUCCAGCGACUCUGGGUAGGGCGUUGGCUGGCAGGCCGGGCCGGUGGCUUCUUCCGGGAUCAGGAGCUCAAGGCCGACGUGCGCAAGAGCGCCUGCGACGCAGCCCUGGUCUACCACCGGCUGCACCAGCUUCACAUGACAGGAAAGCACGUUGCGGGCCACCUGUCCGCCAUCAACAUGGCGCUGAGCGCAGUCAACUUGGCCGAGUGUGCUGGAGACGCCAUCUCGGUGGCCACGCUGGCCGAAGUCUACGUGGCUGCUGCGCUGCGUGUGAAGACCAGCCUCCACCACUGUUUCCACUUCUUAGCGCGUUUCUUCCUCAGCAGCGCCCGACAAGUGCUGUUAUCCCACAGUGGGACGGUCCCUCCUGCUCUCCAGUGGCUCUGCCACCCCGUGGGCCACCGGUUCUUUGUGGAUGGUGACUGGGCCGUGAAAAGCUGUCCGCGGGAGAGUAUCUACAGCUCCACCAGCCACCCAGCAAACCCCCUGGCUCAGGUGACUCAACUCUUCCGAGAACAUCUGCUUGAGAAGGCUCUUUCUUGCGUGUCCAGGCUGGACAACCCAGCCCCUGCCAGCCACAGUGAGGGGGAAUUUUCGGAUGCUCUGGAGUACCUGCAUUUCCUCAACAGCUGUGCAGAUGCUGUUCCCAACCCAUCUCCCUCCAUCAGUACCAAUAUGGACUCGGCCACAGGCACUGAUCCCGUUUCUCACUGGUGGGCAUCUGUGGUCGCCAUGGCAAUCCACGGGCUGCAAGCGGAUGUGGAGGCCAUGGAGCGCCUGUAUCCUCUGGUGGAAUUCAUGCCACGAGCUCUUCAGCUGUCUGAGAACCCCCUUCCCCGUGCAGCACUGCACACUUUCAAGGCAGCCCGGAUGUUGGGCAAAGAGGACAGCAGCCUGGGCCAGUGUGAUAAAGCUGGCGAAUAUUUGCGUGACAGCUUGGGUGGCAACCCAACUCCAAGCACUAUUGACAGAGCAGUGCAGUUCCUCUUGUGCGACCUGCUCCUGAUCACCCGCACCAGGUUCUGGCAGCAGCAGAUGAAAGGCCCCCCCCACAGAGCCCGCUACCAAGCCUCUGCCCUUGAGCUGCGCGGCUUUCAGCAGGAUCUCAGCACUCUCCGCCGCUUGGCACAAGCAGACCAGCCUGCAAUGCACAGGGUCUUCCUCCAUGAAGCAACCGCCCGACUGAUGACCCGAGCCAGCCCCACCCGAACCCACCAGUUGCUUGACCGAAGCCUCCGCAGGAGGGGGCCUUCUAGUACCAAAGGAGCCGGCGAACAAGAGAGCCGCCCCACCGCCCGGGAGCAAGCAGAGGCCUUGCUGCUGGCCUGCUCCUACCUCCCCCCUGCGUUGCUUUUGGGACCAGGCCAAAGGGGGGGGGUGUUGGCCGAGGCUGCCCGCUCCCUGGAGAAGCUGGGAGACAAAUGGACACUCCACGAGUGCCAGCAAAUUAUUGUCAGGCUCAGCAGUGGCUCCACAGUCACCUCCAGCUAGAGGGGUGGUUCAGAAGAUUCCUGGGAAGGAAGGGGGAGGCCAGGAGUGGCCCCACAGGUGCGGCUUGUGGCGGUGCUUGUGAAUUGUUGGAGGGGAGCCCCGGUAGAGCCUUGCAGCCUUGAUUCUGUCUUGCUCUCUCUGCUGAGGCAGAGCGGGAUCCUCGAGGAUGCUCUGUUAUUUCUUUCCUUCUGUGCUGGAACGGACUUAGACCGCACGCGUCUGAGAGGGGACAGCCCAGUGUGGCAGAAUUGGGUGGACCUGGCUGGCUUCCGCUGUUCCCAGGAGAAGGGUGUGUACGCAAGUCUUGGACUCGGUUGGAUUUUAGAGUCCCAGUGAGCAGGGCGCAUUUGGAGGGGAAGGGCAGCUUCAUUUCCCCCCCACCGGUCUGGAGACCAGCCAGCGCUCAGCUUCUUGCAUCAUCGGUCCAGCAGCUGAUGACUUUGCUCCCCCCUCUCUCGCAGCCCACUCCACUCCUCCCCCUCCACCGGAGCGGGUUCGCUGGCAAUCCCUCAUCAAUCACUUGUGAACCUUAUUGGCAGGGGCCCAACAUGGCAGGGGGUCCAUCUGGCCAGUUGUGAAUUGCUUUGAGUUGCUCAAUUGGCGGUUGGCUGGUCUCUGUAUUCACGUGGGAGGGGGCGCAGUUUCCUUGAAACAACUUGUCCUUCAGAUCCCCCGAUUGCUUUUCCUUGGCAGCUGGUGGAACCGGCGAUAAGGAUGACCCACAGAAGAGGAGGGGGGCUCUUAGGGGGUGCAAGAGUGUGACAGAGUGAGAUGGCUCCCUUAGCAGAAUUCGAGAGUGGGAGAAGGAGGCUGCGGCUUGUGAAUUUCAUUCCUCCCCAUCCCUUGAGGGCAUGGGAGUUAACUCACCUGUUUCUUCUGGUUGUCUUGUCACCACCUCAGAUGACCCUUCAGUCAUGGUGGACACGCUCCCUCACGGCUGAGUAAAACUGUCACCUAUUCACAUAGCAGCUGUUCCCGUUGCUAGGGUUGGAAACUGUUGGCCAAACGGGGGACAACACUUUCCCUUGUCUUAGCGAUGGACUCAGGUGGAAAAGAAGUCUACAUUUCUUGUUUUUUUUAAAAAAAAUUGCAAAGGACAUGUAGUCCUGGAAAGGCGCACUUAAUAGGAUUAAAAAGAAAAGUUUUAUGGAAGUUCUAGAAGGGAAGUGGAAGGGGGACAGAUUGAUUUUAGAUAUCUCUGCUGUUCCAUCCACUAAGAUAUCUGUUGAAAGCUACAGCUCCUUUUCUUGUUCUACCCUAAUCUCCGUCUCCCACCCCAAACUAUAGUUUGGGGCCCCAUCAUAUUGGUUGAUAGGAGGACCAUCCAGAGGGGUUAGGGUUAGGGUUGGUGGAGGAGCUCGAGGGGAUGGGGUGGAAUGAUUGUUUCUGCCAUGCCCAUAAUCUGUAGGAGGUGAUGCAACUGCCUUAGCAUCCUCCCUUCCCAAUGUGCACCGCUGCUCAGCCAUGAUUCUUCCUUUUAAAAGUUAUUUUCAUAGUAUGAAGGGAGGGGUUUUUGUACAGAAGAUAAAAUAAAAAAGCUAGUUAUUUAUA